UUUUUUUUAUGUAUAACAAAAACCGACACCCAGCUACCUAAAGCUGAUAGACUAAUAUUUUAUGUAUGCAGGAGCUUAACACGUGUAGUGUCAUUUGUUACAGUAUAGCAGACAGUUGGCUUGAUUUUGCAACAAGGACAGAGAGUUGGUGGUUCUGAAAAACACUUAAAGGCCGAAGGUUUAUCAGCUGAUGAGAUUUGCUUUUGAGAACUGUGAGGAAACGUUAGUAGCUAUCCCACAGACAGACAAGUAUGUUCUCAAACUAAGCUGAAGAAGUGAAGAGCUUGCGAGCGCAUUAUCUAUUGUUUCACCAUUGGUAAUAUUCACUUCCUUUUGUAGUACGUUUUGUUGAAUAAUGAAACGUUAUUACUGUUUUUUUAACGAUAGCCACCUCCUGCGGCUGCGUUCUUGAGCUGUCAAUGAACAGAGGGAUCACAGAUUCCACUCCGGCGUCGAGACAGAAGUCAGUCCCAAAUGAAGAACUGAUGAUCAGGAGGCAACUUUCCAACUGGAUGCUAAAGAUGCAAAUAAUUUUUGUAUUAUUUACUUUUAGUACAUUUUAUGCGCACCAGUUGCGUUCUAGAGGUUAGUUUUGUGUUAAAUUUUACAAGGCAUUUUCACUCCAUGCUCGGGCGAGGAAAAGAGCGACGGGAUGGAAGUUUAGCGGUAUCGGCCUUAAAAAGUGAGACUGGGAUCUCUUGAGGAUUUGAUUAUUGUGUGAAGUUAUGACAAUGACUGGAUCAAUGGAAAAUUCUUUCAAACAAGCUUUAAAGAAACCUCCAUCACUACGGACAGCAGAGGACUUGCACACUAUUUACUGUCACUUCUACCACAUGGAUGUCCUGUCCCACCUCAGGGAGCACCAGCUCAGGUCAAUGAGUACUUCAGCCAGGUAUGAGAGACACGAAGCUAACCACAUCCUGUUCUACCCAGACAGCAUCUCCACAUGCUGGUACACCCUCCUGUCUGGUUCAGUUUUCCUCAAGGACCACAUGUACUUGGCCAGAUGCUGCUUUGGCAAGCAGCUGGGGGGCAGACGAGGCUGUGAAUGCAUCACUUUAGAGCCCUCAGAAAUGAUUGUGCUUGGUGAUGUGUUUCAGGUGGACAAUGCCAGCGAGGGUGAGGGGGCACAGCAGAGGGAGGCAUCCCAGAGACGUUCCCGCCGGCGCUUUCGCAAAGUCAACCCCCGGGGAGAGCGGGAACUGAUCACUGACGGCCAGGACCCCACGGAUUAUGUGGAUAACCAGCUUCCUGGAGACCUAAACAAGAUGCACCUUACAGACCACCCCCACAGCCAGGGGAUCCAUGUGCCGCCCAGCCAAUCCGGAUGCAGUAUCACCAGCGACUCGGGGAGCAGUAGCCUAUCAGACAUCUACCAGGCUACAGAGAAUGAAAUGGGUGAUGUGGACCUAUCCGGGCUCCCGGAGGCAGCGGUGGACUCUGAGGAGGAGGAGGAGGAGGAGGAUGAAGACCUGGAGAGGACGUCAGACACCCUGAUUGGUAGAGACCUGGUCAGGGAGUGUCUGGAGAAAGACCCAGUGGACCGCAACGAUGAUGACAUUGAACAACUGUUGGAGUUCAUGCACCAGCUGCCAGCCUUUGCCAACAUGACCAUGUCAGUGCGAAGGGACCUGUGUACUGUCAUGGUGUUUGAGGUGGUGGAGCAAGCAGGGACCGUCAUCCUACAGGACAAACAGGAGCUGGACCUGUGGUAUGUGAUCCUGAACGGGGGGGUGGAGAUCGGCCACCCAGACAGCCGCAUGGAGACCCUCUGCAUGGGCAACAGCUUUGGCAUCUCCCCCUCCCUGGACAAGCAGUACAUGAGCGGAGUGGUGCGCACCAAGGGGGACGACUGCCAGUUUGUGUGCAUCGCCCAAGAGGACUACUGGCGGAUCCUCAACCAUGUGGAGAAGAACACACACAAGGUGGAGGAGGAGGGAGAGAUCGUCAUGGUGAAGGAACAUCGCGAGCUGGACCGCAGCGGCACCAGGAAGGGACAUAUCGUCAUCAAGGGCACCCCACAGCGUCUGAUCAUGCACCUGGUGGAGGAGCCGUCAGUGGUGGACCCCACCUACAUCGAAGACUUCCUCCUCACCUACCGCACCUUCCUCUCCAGCCCCAUGGAGGUCGGCAAGAAGCUGCUCGAGUGGUUCAAAGUCGACAGCCUCAGAGACACGGUGACACGGAUAGUGCUGUUAUGGGUGAACAAUCAUUUCAACGACUUUGAAGGUGACCCGGCCAUGACGCAGUUCCUGGAAGAGUUUGAAAAGCUGCUGGAAACCACAAAAAUGAAGGGUCACCUGCGGCUGCUGAACAUAGCGUGUGCAGCCAAGGCCAAGUGGAGGCAGAUCACCCUGCAGAAACCUUCCAGGGAGUCCCCGCUCUACUUCAGCCUGCAUGGCGGCAGCGAGAGGGGCUUCGGCAUCUUCGUGGAGUCGGUGGAGGAGGGCAGCAAGGCCGCCGAGGCAGGACUCAAACGGGGAGACCAGAUUAUGGAGAUCAAUGGUCAGAACUUUGAGAACAUCUCCUACGUCAAAGCUAUGGACUUCCUGAGGAACAACACACACCUCUCCCUCACAGUCAAGACCAACAUCUUCGUGUUCAAAGAGCUGUUGAGCCGGAUCGUACACGAGAAGAUGAACAGGGGUCCCCACAUCCCCAAGAUCCAGGAGAAGAAGUGUAACCGCUUCUCCAUCCCAGACCUGCCCGGAGACAUGGAGUUCUCCACAGACCAUAAGGCCACCAAGAAGAUGAAGGCCAACACAGUUUCUGGAGGACGGAACAAGAUCAGGAAGAUGCUGGAGAAAACCCGUUUCAGCAUCCUACCACCCAAGCCCUUCAGUGAUGGCGGCGUGGGCCAGUCUCAGGAUGACAGCAUCGUGGGCACUAAGCAGUGCAGGCACAGCGUGGCCAUCAUGCCCAUCCCUGGCAGCAGCAUGUCAUCCAGCAGUCCUGAUCUGCUACAGCCAGCCACCAGUGUGCUGGACUUCUCCAACACAGCAGCCGUGGGCUUACACUAUAUUCCAGACCAGGUGAUCCGGGUGUUCAAGGCUGACCAGCAGAGCUGUUACAUUAUCAUCAGUAAGGACACCACGGCCAAGGACGUGGUCAGUCACGUGGUCAAUGAGUUUGGCCUUAUCGCAGCCCCGGAGACCUACUCCCUCUGUGAGGUGUCUGUCAGUCCCGAGGGCGUCCUCAAACAACGCAGGCUACCUGACCAGCUCUCUAAGCUGGCUGACCGCAUCCAGCUCAAUGGCAGGUACUACCUGAAGAACAACAUGGAGACGGAGACGUUGUGUUCAGACGAUGACGCCCAGGAGCUGCUGAAGGAGAGUCACAUCACCCUGCUGCAGCUCAGCACCGUGGAGGUAGCCGCCCAGCUCUCCAUGAGGGACUUUGAGCUGUUCCGUAACAUUGAGUCCACUCAGUACGUAGACGACCUCUUCAAGCUGCUGGACUCCUCGGGGGGGCUCCAACAGACACACCUUAAGCAGUUUGAGGAAGUCAUCAACCAGGAGACCUUCUGGGUCGCCACGGAGAUCCUGAGAGAGCCCAACACCAUGAAGAGGAUGAAGACCAUCAAACACUUCAUUAAGAUCGCCCUGCACUGUAGAGAGUGCAAGAACUUCAACUCUAUGUUCGCCAUCAUCAGUGGUCUGAAUCUGGCUCCAAUAGCUCGGCUCAGGUCGUCGUGGGAGAAGCUGCCCAGUAAGUACGAUAAGCUGUUCCAGGACCUGCAGGACAUCUUUGACCCAUCCAGGAACAUGGCCAAGUACCGCAAUGUCCUGAGCAGCCAGAGCAUGCAGCCUCCCAUCAUCCCCCUGUUCCCUGUCGUCAAGAAGGACCUCACCUUCCUACAUGAGGGUAAUGACUCUUACGUAGACGGCCUGGUGAAUUUUGAAAAGCUAAGGAUGAUUGCUAAGGAGAUCCGUCACGUGGUCCGUAUGACCUCCGCCAACAUGGACCCAGCUCUCAUGUUUAGACAGAGGAAGAAGAGGUGGAAGAGUUUAGGGUCUCUGAGUCAGGGCAGCACCAACUCCAACAUGUUAGACGUACAGGGCGGGGCCCAUAAGAAGCGUGUGCGUCGCAGCUCGCUGCUCAACGCUAAGAAGCUGUACGAGGAUGCGCAGAUGGCCCGUAAGGUGAAGCAGUACCUGUCCAACCUGGCGGUGGAGACGGACGAGGAGAAACAUCAGACCAUGUCUCUACAGUGUGAGCCUACCUACAGCACCUUGUCCAAGAACUUGAGUGAGCGACGGUACAACAAGUCGGACAUGUCUCCCGUGUCGCUGCGCUCGCCGCUGCACGGGGGGAAGACCCAGAACCGCGUGUCUCAGGUGCUCCAGGUCCAGGUACCCCUCUACCCGCUACGGAAGAAGAGCACCGCCAAGGACAUUCACACCGCACACAACUCCAGCUCUCCCCAGGUGAUAAAGAAGCCUCCCAGCUCCCAGCUCAGCCAAUCAGAGGACAGUCCCUGGAUUGUGAAGAGGCCUGCUGAAGACACUGUGUCCACCGUUUCCUCCCUGCAUUCCAGCCCCACCGUAUCGCCACAGGGGUCCCCUCGCAAAGGUCUACACCCUGGCUACCUCACAUUACCUCUCACUACAGCAUCUUCUACAAUCCAUUCAUCCAUCUCACAACUCAUACCCAUAACUCAGAACCAAGCAUACCCAUUCUUCAUCAAAGUGGGUGGUGUGGCCAACCCCCAGCAUAACACCAACAGCCAGAUGAACCGGUCUGGCUCGUCGUCCUCUCUCACCAGCGAGGCCAGCACCAAGGCAGGCACGGCCAGCAGCCGCAGCUACGGCAUAGGCUAUGCCCUGAUGCCUGCAGGGAAGUCAGACAACCUGUCCGACUCCAGCCACAGUGAGAUCUCGUCCCGCUCCAGCAUCGUCAGUAACUGCUCAGUGGACUCCAUGCCUGCUGGUCCUGCAGAGGAGCGCCAAGGCAUCAAGACCAGGGACACCACAGAGACCCCAGGCACCACCACGCAACUCACACAUGCCAACUCUGACUGCAGCCAGCCCAGCACCAGUUUGUCUUUGGCGCGGGGCCAGGUGACGCGGGGCUCCACCUUCACCUCCUUGACCUCCACAGAGGAACUGGCCCCCGAUCACGCUUCCCUGGACAGCGUGGUCGACAGCGGGCGGGGAAGCUGGACCUCCUGCUCCUCCAACUCCCAUGACAGCUUCCAGAGCCUGCCUGUCCCCCUUCUAGGCCUGGGCCGACCCCCUGCCUGGGACCAACUGGCGCCUGGGGCCUUCCGCCACACCCAGCUAGCAGGGCCUAUAGCAGAGGUGGAGGCUGGGCCAGCCGGGGAGGGGGUAGUGGGAGCACCAGGGGCGGGGUCCGGGGGAGGAGAGGACGCCAAGAGGCUCUCCAGAGACAGUUCAGAGCUCAACCAAUCACGGCAGAGCUGGGCCUCGUCAUCCUCGCUGUCUGACACAUAUGAGGGGAACUACGGCACCAUCAAACGCCGCACUGCAGACGGUGCCUCAGACGCCCCUGGGGAGGGACCCGACGCACCCCAAAGCACAGCCCCCAUCUACAAAACGGUCACGUCCAGCACCGAGAAAGGCCUCAUAGUGUAUUGUGUAACCUCUCCCACCAAGGACGAUAGGUAUAGGGGGCCUCCCCCCACCCCUCCAGGAUACCAGGGCCUCACCCUGGUUAACGGACAGGAUGGAGUUCCUCCUCGGCUCUCCCACUUGCGACCGCCCGACUAUAGUGUGGCCCUGCAGAGGUCUAAGCUGCUACAGAGCCCCGGAGGCCUGGGGGUAAACCACCACCACGAAUCCCAGGGCCAGUCCAGGCCAGCCAGCGUCUGCCUACAGGUUCUGGAGGAUAGUGAGGAUGAUGAGCAGGUGUCAGCUGUGUAGAGCUGGACGCCUGGAUGGACACUGCAGCUCGUUGCAGGGAGGGUGAGAGGAUGAGUGAGGGAAAGGUGGUUUUAACCUGCCAUGCUGCCUCCUCUGGGCACACUCCUCUCACCCCUUCGCUCCUCUCACCCCUUCGCUCCUCUCACCCCUUCGCUCCUCUCACCCCUCGCUCCUCUCCAGGUCCUCAGUCUCAGCUGACGGCUGCUCGAGGCCAAACCAACGGCACCCCCACAGAACUUAUACAAUCAUCUCUUUUUGCUCCAUUUUGAAAAGGUUUCAGCAACUCUCCUGUGUUUAGACUCCCACUGCCCUGGAACAGAGCUGUAAACAGACUGAGAUGUGAUGUCACGGCGUAUGGCUGAGGCGUUUGGGACACAGUGCUUAUGAAGAAGGGAUGGGCGAUGCCUGCUGAUCACUCAAUGUCUUUUUAACAGUACCUCCAUUUGCUUUGGUGCUCUCUUGUCCCAGGUUUUUUUUGAAUGGUUUUUCCUCAGUCGAUGCGUGAAAGUGAUUGUUUUUUUAGCCAUUUGCUUGAUUGCGCUCAGCUUUAAAUGGCAUGCAGACACGAGCGUAGCUCUGAGAAUAUCCAGGAAAGGAGAAAGCAUUUAUUUUUCUUCUCUGUAGUUUAGAAAGCAGAGAUCUGGCAGACAGCAGAAAUGCCCUCGAGUCAAGAGUGACUCGAGGGCAUGUUAUUGCAUCUGUUAUUGCAUCUUGUGGAGUUUCAACAGCGUCUCAGACAAUUGUGUAUGCUGCACCACACCCUCAUCUAUUCAGACGCUCUCUCUUUCUGCGCUUGUUAACCUACGGUAACAUGAGGUACUUUACUGGCAUGCUUCCGUCUGUAUGUUUAAUGAAUGUUAUUCUAAGUUGGUUUUUUUAUGAGUUGACAAACAAAAAGGCUCACUGCUGUAGAAUAGUACAGUGUUUUAUUUUAUUGCAGUACUGUAAAACAAAAUAUUAUCACUGUACAAAUGUUAUUUGGUAAGCUUUAAAUGCGAGGCGUACAGCCAACAGCCCAAAGUUGUUUACACAGAUGCUUACAAACUUGUUUAGUGUGUUUGUUUGUUACACUAGUAGUUGUCUAUUGAAUUAAAAGCUAAAAUGUAAAAGUAUUAUGAUUUCAGGUUAAUUUGAUAUGUAAAGUCUUUAUUAUGCAGUAAGAAUAUGUGGAUGCAGCAUAAACAACACAUUUGGUGUGUUUUCUUUUAAUGUACCUUUUCCAUCUUGGCUAUUAAGUGUCUGUCAAUCUGGUUUAGUAGUCAUGGCAACAAAAGAAAAACAAUGUUUGCCAAUGGAAAAUGCAUUGCAAAACUUGUAUUUCAAUACAUCUCCAUUCCUUGUUCAUAAUAUAGCUAUUUGAAAAAUAGUACAUUUUGUAAAGUAUUUUAAAGAAUUUGCUUUAGUUUCUUCUUAUUGCAAGCAAAAGCUCAUUAUUUGUGGAGGUUUUAACCCUGUAGGGUUGAGGGUGAAACUGCUGAAUGAUAUUGUCAUUAGGGAUAGAACUUACUCGUUGGGAUUCUUUCCUUCAGCUGUCUGUUCUGUAUGUGACGCUUGUUGUUUUCUGUUGUUUUGCCAAACUAAGACUUGAAAAUAUGAAUGGUUAUAUAUAAACAGUGCAUGUAUACAUUUAUACAUAUAUUUUUGGUUUGUCAUAAAUUAAUGUUACAGAUCUUGUAUAGAUAAAGAGUCCUCUAUAAAUGCUAUUUUAAUAUUUUGUUAUAAUAAAAUCAAAGAUUGUGAUUGCC